AUGGCAUCAGAGACGAAUUCCUGUAGCGAAUUUCUUAAGGAUCUUCCAUCGAAUGAUGAAGGAAAUUUUUCAAAAUGUUGUCGUUUUUGGAAGAAAAGUAACGAUGUAUAUAUUGCUCAUAUUGUAUCACAUAACAGUGAUGAAAAACGCAUAACUAUGGAUAAAAGGCCAUUGAUUUUGAGAUAUUUGGAAAAGAAAUGGCAGCAUUCAGAAGAAUCAGGUAAAAAUCUCAAACGUACAAGUGAUUCAUCAGUAGAGAGACCAGGAAAUGCCAAAAUACGCAAAUCUAACUAA